AUGUCAAGCCUCCCAAACGGCCUCUCCCACCGCCCAGACCACGAUCACACCGUCGUCGAAUCCACCACCUUGUCCCUUCAGAAUGCCACGACCGAGUCUGACAUCCGCGAUGCGCUCGCCGCCCUGCACGCCCGCGAGACCUCUAUAACGUCCCGUCUCGAUGCUCUCGUCGCUUCCCAAGCUGACCUCUCCCGCGACCUCGGUCGGCUAGACCUCCUGCGGGCAGGACUCGGUGCGCAGGUCAUCGCCGCACGAUCCAUCGGAAAUGACAUGCUGGCAACUGCGGCGGACACAGCAGGCCGACUGAGUGAUAAAGUCAAAGAGUUGGACCUGGAGAAGAGCAGAGUCGAGGAGACGCUUGGCGUGGUGGAACAGGUUGCAGAGCUCAAGGCAUGCGUCAACGGAGUGGUUGGCUCCAUGGGUGCUCCCCAGGACUGGGAGGCUGCUGCUGGAUACCUGUCGAGAGCGAGCAAGGUGCCAGAUGAGAUCGUCAAGGGGCCAUUUGCUGUCAGCAUAGUACCGAGCGUCGAGGUGCCCGACCCGCCGUGGGUGACCCUGGAGGAUGCCAAGGAGAGUCUGUGUGGUCUCUUCCUACGAGAGUUCGAGAAGGCGGCAGAGGAGAGCGACGGAACCAAGGUCACACGAUUCUUCAAGCUCUUCCCACUGAUAGGUCGAGCCGACGUUGGUCUGGAUGUCUAUGGACGAUACGUGUGUCAAGGUGUCGCCGGCACAGCUCGGGCUACGCUCAAGGAUGUCAUGGGUAGCCAGCGCAAGGAAGGAUUCUUCUACGCCAACGCCCUGACGAAACUCUUUGAGCACAUUGCGCAGAUUGUCGAAGGCCACGGAGGGCUCGUGGAACGUCACUAUGGCUCUGGAAAGAUGGUCCGAGUUAUUGAGCGCCUGCAGAUGGAAGCCGACGUCCAAGGAGGCAUCAUUGUCGACACAUGGAGCGACGAGAGAGGAAUUGACAGGAAACUCACAGAUGUUAGGAGCUAUCCUUUCUCGUUCCUUGUUCAAAGCUUCCUACCUCAGCCACCGCGAGGUGGUACGCCGAGGGUGAACUCGCCGGCGAUUGGGGUGGGCAACAACCCCAGAGAGAGCGAAGACGAGGGCGUCAACAUGAAGGAAGUUGACGGCCUACUAAGUGAAAUUGCUGUGAUGCUUGGUCGCUGGUCAUUAUACACCAGGUUCCUUGCUGGCAAAUGCAAGGACCCAAACACAGCAGACGAUGCGCCGCUCGUCAUACCUGAUGUUUUGAUCAAGUCAAAUCUGUAUCGAAAAGUCUCGACAAAGCUCACGUCGCCAUACAAUGUCAUGACUACCUUUUUCUUCCGCCGAUCCGUGGAAAAGGCAUUUCAACUGGAUGAAUACCCUAUCGGUCUAUCCUUGAGCUUGAACAGACACAUUGACGGCAACGCUCCCUACAUCAUCCUGGCGGUCGACGAUGUCAUGUACAUCGUAAACGCUGUUAUCCAGAAAUCCAUCUCAACAUCACAAAGAGACGUCAUAGCCUCGGUGGUACCAACUAUCGGGCGAGUCCUCGGUUCUGACUUUGUUGGCAUGAUUCAGCGCAAGAUGCGAGAUGAAUCUUACCCCAAGCCAGUGGUUCAAGGAGGAUUCCCACCCGAGGAGAAGAUUAUUCACUUUAUUGUUCUCAUCAACAGUCUGGACAUGGCCAACGAGUAUCUUACACGCAUUAUCACCGGCCGGAUAGGUGAUUCUGGUCAAAUACCGAAUGGUGAUGUCCAGAACGGGCCACUCAAGGACUCAUUCCCCUUUGAGAGGGACGUUACAUUCGUCGCCAAUGCUUUGCACACGCUUCAAACAUCCUUCAUCGGAAAGACGACCGAGCUUCUUAACGAGGGCAUCCAGGUGCUCUUCAACCAAGUUGUCAAGCUCAGGUUACGCCCUGUGUUGACUGAUACGUUCCGUGACGCGGACUACACGCUGUCCGAAGACGACCUUGCCGAAAUAGCCCAGCAGAACGACGAGGAUGAGGACGAGCUCAUUGAACAAGUACCCCGGCGCUUCGAACAUGGCUGGGACCUGCUCAUGAAGCCUAUUGCAAGGCUGAUGACACCUGGAACAUACAGCCAGCUCCUGGACAUCACAGCACGUUACCUAUCAAAGAUAUGGGAGAAGAAGGUUCUCGGUUAUGCAGGACGUACCAACGCCCUGGGUGCGAUCCGCAUUGAGCGCGACUUUAUCGCCUUGGUGGAUGUCGUUUCUAGAGGGGACUACGCUGUGAGAGAGGUGUUUUCCAAGGUGCUGCAGCUUCUCAUGGUUGCAAACAUGGAAGACGAAGAGUGGGAUGAGAUUAUGGCGCAGGAUGGAGAAGACGAUGGCAUUGACUGGGUUCUGACUGACGAGGAGAGAAGGAGGGCGAGGAGUUUGGUCAGGGGGUGA